CAAUUCUCCUCUAUAUACAUUCAUUCAUUCCCACCCCACACAAACACAGACACAAAGGAGACAGACACAAUGGUCAAGCGCAAGGAAAUCAAAGACACCGACGUCGACAUGGGGGGUACAGAUCCCCGCGUCGAGAACGACUCCGACUCCGACGAGGACAUUGACAUGGUCAACGUAGACUUCGAAUGGUUCGACCCGGACCCGGAAGUCGACUUCCACGGCCUCAAGAACCUCCUCCGCCAACUCUUCGACAACGACGCCCAAGACCUGGACAUGUCGGCCCUAACCGAUCUGAUCCUCUCGCAAGCCUGGAUGGGCUCGACCAUCAAGACCGAUGGCAAGGAAUCCGACCCCUACGCCUUCCUAACGGUGCUCAACCUUCAAGAACACAAAGACAAACCCAUAAUCCAAUCCCUCACGCACUACCUGCACCAAAAAGCCAGCACCAACGCGGCCCUCAGCCCCCUCGUCCCUCUUUUGUCUGGUUCCCACAAAAUCGGCCUCCUCCUCACCGAGCGCCUCAUCAACAUGCCCGCCGAGGUCGUCCCGCCCAUGUACACGAUGCUGCAGCAGGAGAUCGCCCACGCGGUCGCCGACAACGAGCCCUUCGACUUCUCGCACUACCUCCUCCUCUCCAAGACCUACGAGGAGGUGCAGUCCAAGCUGGACAUGGAGGAGUCCCGGCCCCUGAAGAAGGGGAAGAAGUCUGCAGCAGGGAAAACGGAUCGGUUCUUCUUCCACCCCGAGGACGAGGUGCUCGAGAAGCAUGCCCUCUGCGCGGGCUCGUUCGAGUACUCCCGCAAGCAGGACGAUGGGCACUCCGACUCCAAGCGCGCGUUCCAGGAGUUGGGGAUCCGGACCAAGGGGAGUUUGAUUCUGAUUGAGCGGGGGCGGUUGGAGGGGGCGGUGAAGGCGAUGGCGGAGUAUGUUGGGUCCGGAGGGCAAUAGAUUUCUGGGUCUUGGUGAUUUGGGGGGGACAAAAAUUAGGAUAUACUUAUAAUGGAUGGAUACGUUUGAUGGCUGGGUGUUGUUGUUGUGUGGGUGUAGGUGGUGGUGUGGCUUGGUGGUUGUCUCUUUCAUGUAGAAUAGGUGCGUGCAUGUCUAGACGGACACAUACACAGGUGAAGUACAGUCAGUACACAAGAGCAG